GCUAAGGAGAGGAUCAGAGGAACACUUGUUUUAAAGUUUUAUUACCAUGGUCCAGUUUGUGUUUUUUUGAAUGAACUGCUGAACUGCUAGUUUAUUUCUCAAAACUACAUGGAUAGUCCGUAAUGAGCUUAAAAGGCAUUUUCAAGAUGAGAAGAAUUGCUCACACUUCUUGUGAAAUGCUGAAUUUUAUGUUGCCGAAUGUGUCUAGUAAAGCAUAUCAUAUAUACUUUCCAGACUGGUUAUGGGCUAAAUCACUGUUUUUUGAAAUCUUGUACAGGUCUGUAUGAGACCUGACUAAGAAUCCAAAGUCUCAUACUGAUUGGCAUUGUCUGUUUUCCCUGGGUGUGUAUAUGAGUUUGUUUGACAAAGACUGGAGGACAGCCCAUCUCACAGUUACUGCACACACACUCGGAGAGAAGGACACGCAGAGAGAGAGAGCCUUGUUACACUCCUCCUCAGGGAUUUGCUUCUCCCCAGGGGGGCCGAGGGAACGGACCUGCUGCCCACACUGCUGAAUGAGAGAGACGGGAAGAAAAGAGUGAAUGAAAGGGCAGGCUAAACGAGUGAGAAGUAAGAAGCGGGGCUCGUUUGACGGGGUUUAGUUUCCGCUGGCAUCGAGCAUGAUUCACUGGCAGGUUCUGGUCGUUGGUGCUACCUGCGUACUGAUCUGCUUCCAAACGCCCUCUGUGGAGGUGGUGGUGGGCCCGCCGCCUCUUCAUGCUGCAGCUUUAGGCCAGAGCCAGUCGCUGCUCCAGCCCGCGCCGCUCACUCAGACAUGGGGCCGGUCUGCUGCAAGCCGGACAGACUGAAGAAACAACAUCUCCAAGGUGGAACAGGGGAUAAGGACCGGACACCCAUCAGCCAUGAGUCCUUCCUGCUCAUGGCGAACUCCCAGACAGACAUGGACGACUGGGUCAAGGCCAUACGGCGAGUCAUCUGGGCGCCGUUUGGAGGAGGCAUAUUUGGCCAGCGUCUAGAGGACACAGUACAGUAUGAGAAGAAGUUUGGCCCCCGCCUGGCGCCCCUGCUGGUGGAACAGUGUGUGGACUUCAUCAGAGAGAGGGGUCUGGAUGAGGAGGGUCUGUUUCGGAUGCCCGGGCAGGCCAAUCUGGUCAAAGACCUGCAAGAGGCCUUCGACUGUGGGGACAAGCCUCAGUUUGACAGUAACACAGACGUCCACACAGUGGCAUCCUUGCUGAAGUUGUACCUGCGAGAGUUGCCUGAACCCGUUAUCCCUUUCUCCAAAUAUGAAGACUUUCUAACCUGUGCACAGCUUUUGGCCAAAGAUGAGGAGGAGGGGGUCCAGGAGCUUGGAAAGCAAGUAAGCACUCUACCUCUACCGAACUACAAUCUCCUCAAGUACAUAUGCAAAUUCCUUGAUGAAGUACAGUCCCACUGUAAUGAGAACAAGAUGAGUGUCCAGAACCUCGCCACAGUAUUUGGACCAAAUAUACUCAGACCCAAGAUGGAGGACCCAGUCACUAUCAUGGAAGGAACCUCUCUGGUCCAGCACCUCAUGACAGUCCUCAUUAGGGAACACAACCGUUUGUACUCAGGAAGGGACCAGGAAGGACCUGCUCUUCCCCAAACUGAGAUCCCCGUGCAGGGACAUCAGCUCCAACACCGCAGCCUGGGAGCCUGGAUCUCCGAAGAGGACCUGCAGAGCUGCCCCAUCUCCAACCCCGACCAAGAAAUGCACAGCAGCGCCUCGUCUCUGGACGCCAAACUGUGCGCGGCCGUCACUCCCACCCAGACCCCCAACCCAAACCCAGGACCAAAACUGGGGUCUUCGUCAGGAAAGGGAGAGACGGUGGUCAGCCCAAGUAAACAAGCCAAGGCCCUGCCUUCCUGGAAGUACUCGUUCAAAAGCUCCUCGGCGCCUCGUUCCCAGCCGCAAGCAAAGCAAAGCAGCAGUGGCGGCUCGGUGGCAGACUCAACCAGUCUGUCUUCUGGUGGUGGAGGAGGCGGAGGUGGAAGCGGAAGUGGGGGCAACUGGCUAAUGAACGGUUUGUCCUCCUUGCGGGGACACCGGCGCACAUCUUCAGGUGAGCGCUCCGCCCGUGACCGCGACUCCACCGGCUCCUCCCAGAGACUGUCCACCUACGACAACGUCACCUCCUCGUCCAGCAUGGGCAGCGUCCCGAGCGUGUCCAGCACGCCGUGGUCCACCUCCUCCUGCGAGAUCUCCGUCCCCGACUCCGGAAGCGAGCCCUCAGCGCAGCCGAGCUGCGCGGGCGGCGUGGAGGGCGGGGAGAAGGGGGAGUGGAUGGAAAGACCGAGGGACAGGGACGGGGGGAUGACGACCGAGCCGAGCUCCGAGCAGGACAGCUGCGAGGCCAUGGAGCUGUGCAGCAGCAGCGCAGCCUGCAGCGAGAACGGGAACGCGGCGGCGGCCGGGGUGCCGUCGAUUAUCAUGUCCGAAGACGGAGAUGGAACGAACCUGACGCUGAGCAGUCUGGUGGAGGGACUGAAGGACGAGUUGAGAAAACAGAAGACCACGUAUGAGGCCAGGAUCCAAAAGCUGGAAGAGUCCAGCGUGGCUCUGUGCGCCCAGAUGCAGCGUUUGGAACAAGAGAUGGAGCAGGAAAGGAAGAAGCAGCGCAUGCUGGAGAUCAAGCUGCGGAACUCCGAGCGGGCGCGGGAGGAUGCGGAGAACCGCAACCGCCUGCUGGAGAAGGAGAUGGAGGACUUCUUCUCCACGCUGGGGGAUCUGGCCCUGGGUGCGAGGACUAGCGACAUUUGAUAUCAACGUGGCUUCUCAUCUGUCCGGGGCCCCAAACGCUGUGGCCGUCAGCGGGGUUUAUGUUUUGAGGGGCUGGGUGUCUUUUAAGGGCUCGGGUCCUCCUCGGUGCGUCAGGACGUUCCUUCAGAAGAAGGCAAGAAAAUAAAAGGAACCGAACUUGUACACGUUCAGGACAACCUCAAAGGAAAUAUGAAAUACAGUGUGGAGCUGACAAAGGAAAGGAAGCUAAAGUCAAACUAGGACUGACUGUGUGGUCCUUUUCACUUAGCAACGAGCGGUCUUACUUUCCCACGCAUGCUUGAAACUGAACACUGAGAAGGUGGUUGUCCUGUGAACACACUCCAUGUGAAGGGUUUGCCCUGUGAAGGCAGUAUUUUAAAACGUUCAGGUGCCUCUUCAUGACUGGUGGGACAUUCUCCGUACUGGAGAGAGCACUGACUUCUACAACCACUACUUUCCGAGGACGUUAAGUGAAUGGUUUUUUGUGCUGAAAUUGUAAGCCUUGCUAGACACGUAAAUGUUGAAUGCAGACAGCUGACUGAUGCUUUUCCUUCAGUGAUAUUUAUCUUAAAGCAAUAGUUUGACAUUCUGGGAAAUACAUGAAUUUGCCUUCUUGCAAGAAGUUAGAGGAGUUUGAAACUACUUUUAAGUCCGUAUCAAGUGGCAGUAGGUUGGAAAGUGAGGCAAUAGGAAGUACCGCAGUUCCUCAAAUGUCCACUUGGGGGUGACUUUGUAUAUAACGCAAUUGUUUAAAUUAUAUCAACAAUUGAAAGUUAUGCAAAAAUAAUGGUGUGGUCGCCUCUGAGUGACUCCCAAGUUGUUAGCCGUCUGUCUAAACAUCACCCAUCCAAUUCAGCUCCGCCUCUUUUACCUUUUUUGGCAAUUCCACCACAAUGAGCUUCAGGACCGCUCCUCAGGAAUUGACGCUACAAAGGGUUAAUCAAUGUGUACAUGCAGUCGGUGAUCAAAUAAGAAGCUCUAACUAACAGGUGGUUCGUCUAGCUCGACAAGAUCAAGACUCCAGCAGCACUUGUAGUACAGGGAACAACUUUAGUAGACGUUUUGGCUUGAGCCCCUCAUCAGGGUCUAAAAGAAGUUGUUUGAAAAAGGCCAGCAAGUGCUUCUGGAGUCUUGACCUGUUUGUAUUUCUCAUCCACACCACAGAUUGUAUUAAAUAAUACGCGUCUCUACUCCCUAAUCCCAGACUCACUCACAACCGUUAGUCAUCAUGAUGUCGCCUCCUGUUUCUGUAGCGUCAAAUAACGAAAACGAAAUGCAUGACUGAAAUCAUGCUUGAAAAAAUAUUAUUUGAUGCCUUUCUAGUUCUAGUUUGGCCCGAGUCUCAACCACUUACAUGGAGGAGGUGGACUAUGUGACCUAUACUGCAGCCAGUCACCAGGGGGAGCUCCACCUGCUUUGAUAUCACUUUGGAAGAGUUGUCAUGACAUCCAUUUUUUAUAUAUAUACAGUCUAUGCUCAAUUUCUUCUUUAGCUUAGCUUAACAACAAUUCAUGGAGAAAGCAUCUUAGCAGCUUAGUUCUGCUCAAACGCAAAACACCCAUAUAAUACGGUCACUAAUCAACAUGUUAAUAUCACAAAAAACAAAAUGUAAAAUGUACAAGUGGUGUCUCUCACAGAAUGCGGCCAUUUCUUCACGCUAACCCAAGCUAGCUGGCUCUAGCUUUAGUGUAUAUAGGGGUGUCAGUUUCCUUAUUCCUCUCAACACUCAACAAGAAAGCAAAUAACCGCAGUCUCUCAAAAUGUCAAGCAGUUUCCUAUGAAGCCAGGUGAGUUCAGCCCGUAGUGGAAGCUAGCAAAGCUAACUGCUUUGGUUUGGUCCAGGCUUUGCCGUUCUUUGCAAUGAGGCGUUGCUACACGUCGUCUUGAAGAUGUGAGCUCAGGACGCCACGGGAAUCACAGCUCAAACAUCUCCAGACCCCGGCAAAUGAGAGGAUUUCAGUGGCUAGUUGCCACUAGUUGUAAGUAUUUUUGCGUAAAAAGGGUGAACUGACUCUUAACUACAGCGGCGGCUUCAGCAGAGGUUCCCCCACUUGCAUUUAUCCUCCUCCACAUUUGUACUUCAGGCAUUUUUUUUUUGUGUGUGUAGUGAUAAACUGUAGAAUUUGUAUAUCCCACCACGUAUGCAGGUGAAAAAGUAAUAGAUUUUUGGGUGGAGGAACCCGACGCGGUGACUGGCGGGACUUCUGCCGUAGCUGCCUCUGAACUCUUCGUCGUCCUCAGGCCCUUCCAGUGCCUCUCCCGACAACAUCCGCGCGAUUUCCAAGUCCAUUCGAUGGCAACGCCCGUGUCUUCGGUUUCACUCCGGUCCUCACUGACACCACAACACCUUUAAUGUACAGAUAAUACGACAGGGACAACAGAACAAACUCCUCGAGCAUUUUCAGUUUAGCACAUGCUGCCUAGCACACCGGACAGGCCAUUUACAGGUCACACACACACACACACACACACACACACAAAACCAAAGCUGGACCGCCUCAGCUGUUCGCUCACUACACACCAGAAUGGCCUGCCUGGAAGCCAUGUUGAUUUUGGCACAUGAAGCUGAACACUGCCCUCAAAGAAACAAUGGAGUUUCCUGAUUGUGCCUUCAGGGAAGUGUUUUUUUUUUUUUUUUUAAUAGGAAAAAUGUAGUGUUGCUUGCUUGUCCGGAGAUGUAGUGCAUAUAUUAUACACCCAGUGGCUGCGUUGUUUUUCUUAAUAAUAAUAAUUAUACGGAACAAACUGCUGAUGCUGAUGAAUCCUUAGAAGGUGCCAAUUCUUGUGAAAGUGAAUCGUGAAUUGAAUGGAAGUUUCUUUGCAUUAAGAAUGUAUCCUCGUAGUGAAUGUAAUGUGUUGUUGAUGAAACCAGCCCAUUGGGGGGGGAAAAAAUAAUAAUCUAAAUGGUUAACAAAGGAAACGAACGACUCCAGGUAGUUACGGAUGCGUUUCUCUGAGUACGAAUCUGGUCUGUUGCAAACUGACUGUACUUUUGGUUUGUUUCCAGGAACAAAAACAUGAGAUGUGCAGAUAUCGGUUUAGUGAGAAUUGCAUGUGGUUACAUUACCGAAAAUGUCUUUUUAAUCAAGCAGAGCAUUUCUUAAAGGGCCCCAUGAGCAGCAUAACUAGAAGGAGACGUUUGACACUGUUUUAUAGAGAACAAAAAGACAAUGUUGUUAUAUUCUUUUGCACAGGUUUACAAGGGUAGUUGUCCUUUUAUGAACUGAUCACUCUACGCAGUCCGAACUAUAAUGAGAGCAGGUUGUUUGAUUCCAACAGACAUAUAUUUUCCUCUUGUAUGUCUCAUGACUAAAUGUUUAUUGCUCUGCUGAUCAUCUGUGGUGCUUAUUUAUUAUGGAUUUCCACUAUUGUAAUGAAUGGCCGUGUACGGGAAUAAAGGUGACAAAGAUCA